AUGGGACCGGUGGACGCUAUAUUCAAUCUUGCCGUGGUGCUGAAAGACUCUCUUUACAAGAAUCAAACUGCUGAGUCCUUCAAAGAAUCAUUCAAGCCGAAGGCAAUGGCCACGAAGAUGAUGGACGAGCUAUCCAGAAAGAUGUGUCCUGAUCUCCGGCAUUUUAUCGUCUUUUCGUCCGUCUCGUGUGGCCGAGGAAACGCUGGACAAACAAAUUAUGGUAUGGCCAAUUCUAUCAUGGAGAGGAUAUAUGAGAGGAGAGUACAGGACGGAUUACCUGGGAUGGCUAUACAGUGGGGUGCGAUGGGUGAUGUGGGCCUCGUAGCCGAUAUGCAAGAGGAUAAUAAGGAACUGAUUAUCGGCGGUACUUUGCAACAGAAAAUUCAGUCCUGCCUUGAGUCAUUGGACACUUUUAUGAUACUAAAUCGACCGAUUGUGGGCAGUAUGGUCGUGGCUGAGAAGCAUGCGGAAUUAGGUGGAGUGAUGGAUAUUUUGGAGACCGUAGCUAGUAUCAUAAGAGUGAAAGACGUGAAAACGGUCGGACAUCGCACCCCAUUGUCAGAGAUCGGUAUGGACUCGAUGAUGGCGGUGGAGGUCAAGCAAACGUUGGAGCGAGAAUUUGAUGUUUAUCUCACGGCACAAGACAUUCGAAGUCUCACUUUCGAGAAACUCCACAAUAUGGCCGACAAAGACAAGCGUUUCGAACAGACUGAGAUAUUCGAUUCGGCAGGUGUAAAAUUUUUGAUUCAUUUAUUGAGCAGUUUAGAUAUCGUACCAGAUGUUUGCUUGGAGAUGACUACAAGAAAUGAGGCGAACAAAAAGCAGAUAUUUCUUCUACCAAGAAUCGAAGGUUGCGCAAGCGUAUUUAAUUCAUUGGCCUCGAAAAUUAAAAGUCCCUUUACAUGUUUGCAACACGGAGCAAAUAAUAUCCCCAUGAGCGAAUCCGUGCUGCAGUCGGCAGCCACUCUAAUACCUGUACGUAUUAAUAUAACAGAGAAGCAUAUAAUAUCGAAGAUAGAGAAUUCCGCAGAAUUUAUAAUAGUUGGGUAUUCAUAUGAGACAUUAAUUGCUAUCGAGGUAAUGAGACUGUUGGAAGCCAGAAAUUUCACAGGAUAUUUAAUAUUAAUCGAUGGCACGCUUGACUAUGUGAGAAUUAUGAAAGAACAUCAUUUUCCUUUCACCAAUCUCCAGGAAUUUCAAAACGAUAUUCUCCUAAAUGUUAUGGGUUUAUUUUACUCCAUCAAUAAUACAUCGAUUUUAAUACAAUUGUCCGCACGACACGUGGGAGAAGAAGUUGGAUGCUUUUAUCGAAUGUCUUCCAGACGAUAUUAUAUAAGUGACUUCGGUUGA